UGUUUUAUUAACCCCCGUCUUGGUACAGGGUCCGCUCUGAUUGGCUACAGGCUGUGAUCCCGCGAACACUGUUGCCAAUGUGCUGGGCUGACGACAUAGUCCAGAAGAGUAUAAAAGGGAGACUGGUUGCUGGAAAUACUUUGAUAUUUCAACUAUUCACAAAAUCCCUGGUAACAUCCUCUGGUAACAGCAAAGUUCAUACAGGUCCUGCUUGGAGGUUUCCAAUUCACCCGCAAGAAUUCCGUUUGGUACCAAAGGAGCGAACUCCCCAACCCUUCCUCCUGCAAUUAACCCAAGACUGGCUGCCUGAUGGCCGCAUCCGAGAGCGAGGGGGGUUCUCAAAAAUUACGGUUUGCCUGGUGGCUGAUUAAGCAGAUCAACAGUGAAAACUACGAGGGGCUCUGCUGGGUAGACAAGGACCACACUCAGUUUCGCAUCCCCUGGAAACACACUUCCAGGAAGGAUAUCAACCCUAAUGACUACAAGAUUUUCAAGGCCUGGGCCAUAACCAGCGGAAAGUACAACGAAAAGCUGAAAGAUCCGGCCAAGUGGAAAGCCAACUUCCGCUGCGCCCUGAGAAGCACAAACAUGUUCCUGAUGAUGCAGGACAACUCAAAGACCUCCGAGGACCCUCACAAAGUGUAUAAAAUCAUCAGUCCAAGCCCCGAUGCUGUGGCAGCCGCUAAAGCCACGACUACUAAAAACAAUAACCUGCAUGACAGUAAAGAAGACAUCAGCCCCCCUUCUGAAGAAGCCCCUAAUCUGCAUCACCAUAUGCCACAGCAACUGCAGCCGCAGAUAGAAUUAGAUUUGGAGAUGUCGCUGGAAAACCCUCCCCAAGAGAUGGACAGCGUGCAGAACGAAAGGCCAGCCUACGACCCUGGCAGGAAUCUGUCCCAGGGCUACACCACCAAUAAUUUGGUGCCAAACGGCUACCAGUGCAGCCCCGACAUACUCCAGUGGAUUCUGCAACAGUGCAGCUUAACCCAGAGUGGCUGCAGCCCGCAGCAGCUGCCGUGGGCUCUGGAUGGAGGUUCAGGGGAAGUACCAUAUGAAGACAGCCAAGGCUAUCCAAACCAACAUAUGGGCCAAAAUGGCUACCCACCGCAGGGGAGCGGAGCGGCAAAUGGACCAGUGGAGAACUAUCACCAACCCGUUGGCCAGUGGGUGACCCAACCCAUGCAAAAUGCUUACGACCCUUCUGCGGCCUCACUUCUACAGCAGCCCCUCCCAUCCAGAACAGUUCCUGGCAUAAGUCAGCUUCUUAAUAGUGCAGCGGAAGUCCUGUUUGCAGGGAGACCUCACUACAAUAACCACGCGGGCGUCCAGAGCACUUUCCCGAGCGAAGCGCCUGCAGGAAACGCAGUGAUCUAUCAGACGCUGAAUGGCCUGGGAGAGAACAGUUAUCACCAGCCGGCGAAUCAGUGGGCAGCCCCCGAGCAGAACAGGUUGACCCUGCUGGCCGCCCCUCUCCCAGAGCAGCAUCCUCCUCCCCCCAACACAGUGCCAUCGCAGAACAAUACAGAAACCAUUCCUCCCACUAUGGACAUCACCAUCUAUUACCGAGGGAGGCCGCUCCAUGAGGUGCAGGUGGCCACCAGCAGCUGCCUCUUCGCGUACAAUAACGAGGACCCCACCUUUGCUCCGAGCUGCACACAGGUGGUCCAGUUCCCAAGCCCAGAUGAGCUGUCUGACCAGAAGCAGGCCCAGUUCACCAGGCAGCUGCUCUUGAACACAGGACUGCUGCUGGAGCAGAAGCACAAGAAGAUCUAUGCCAAGCGCCUGAAUAAGUGCAAGGUUUUCUGGGCCCUCUCCAGGCACUUGGUGAACAUGGCUCAGAGCCCUGAGCCCAAGCUGCUGCCACGCGGCAUCGAGAUGGAGAUCUUCGACUAUGAGGUGUUCUCAAAGGAGCUGAAGGAUUUUAAGGAACAUCAAAGGGCUGCAUCUCCCGACUUCACCAUCUACCUUGGCUUUGGGCAGUGCUUCUCCAAAUCCAAGCCCAAGGAGGCCAUGUUAAUCCUAGUGAAGCUGGUGCCCAAGUUCUGUGAGUAUGUCCAUGACAUGGCCCUGCGGGAGGGAGCCUCGUCCCUGAACAGCGGGAAUGUGAGCCUCCAGGUGUCAAGCUGCUUCAACAGCUUGUAUGACCUCAUUGAGCAGUACAACAUGCAGAUUGACUGAACCUCCUCCCCUCCCUAAGAUCUGAUCUGCACGUGGGAGAGCAGCAUUGGCCCGUCCUUGCCUAGGUCUCUGCCUGACUGGCCUGCCUUUGAAAACACUGCCGCCUUUCCCCUGCCCACUUGCAUCAGUUUGCCCCCAUCAGGAAGUGUGUGUGUGAGAUGAUGGGUGGCCUUGUGGCUUAGCCACUUCACUGGCCUCAGUAAACCUGGGUUCAGUCCAUGCUGUGCCACCUCCUUAGUGACCUUGGGCAAGUCACUGCAGCUGGGGGCCUCACUUUCCCCAUCUGUAAAAUGGGAACAAUUCCUUAUCUCAUAAGGUUGUGAGGAUAAAUGUAUGUGAGGUGCUCAGAUAUUACAGCACUAGACAGCUCAGUCUUCCCUACUCAGGGCCACCAAUUGAAAAUAGAGAUUUUUUUCCCCAGCUGAAAUAAACAGGCUACCAGACACUGUGCUCUGAAGGUAGAAGCAAGAGAAUCUUCCUCUCUGCUUCAGGAGUUCAGCAAGAAAGUCAGGGUGUGCACGGGGAGGGGAACGACGGGGGGGAGGGAAACGACAGUGGGGUGGGGCAUACUCAUCUACAGCACUGCAAUGUAAUGAUCUUGUGUCUCUGUCUGGGCUGAGCUGGCUGGGUUUUAAGCUGAGUGAAGGGUGGUGACAGGGAAAAAAUCCUUAUCACCGCCUGUUGCUGACGUGAGUGAAGCAGGAGUCCUGGGGGUGGGUCGUACAGUAGCCCUGGCCAGCUCUCCUGGGGUCACAGGGUUGGUACAAGGUGAACUAAUCCGUCAGACAGUGACUUAGCCACAGCUCCUAACUUCCAUUGAUUUGAAUGGAAGUUUGGAGCCUAAAUACUUGAGGAUCUGAGCUUUAAUCAGCUGAUAGACCACUAUGGAAAAAUCCCCACCCAGGGCUAGGAACAGGGGAGAGGCCCCUAUAGAAGACACAGAUUCCACUUUCUCCUCAUGCUAUGUCCCUUUCAAGCGCUCGCCUGUCAGAGAUCUGUGAAAUGGAAGCACCCAUGGUUCGGUAGAUCUGCUAGACACGUCAGCUGUGCCCAAGUAGCAUACAGACAGCUGAAGUAAGCAAGCUCGAGGAGGGCUGCUUUAAACAGCUGUGCUAUGCCUCAGGCCCUCCCCUUACCCCAAUGCAUUGAGAGGGGAACGAGGAGAAUGAGUAACACCCUGAACAGUGUAGCGGAGGGGAGGCCCGGAAGCCACAACAGAGGCUGGUCCUGCUCCCAGUGGAAUUUUGCCAUUGACUUUCCUGGGAGCAGGAUCAGUCCUAUUCCAAAGUAGCUUGCUCCCCCAAAUGUGCCCGGCUAAUAAAUUAAAGUUUAGCGCCGAACACUGUAUUCUAACCUCUCCACACUCUGCCUGAGUUCAGUUUGCAGGCCCAGCCGCGCUCGGCCUUGCGCGUGUUGUAUGAGCCCAUUCGCCCUACAACUCCUUGUCGUCCUUGAGCAGGGGGCGGUCACUGCCUGAACCAAGUCACACCGACAACACUCCACUUCAUUCUUUGCCAGCUUCUUGCCCCACAAAGCACAGUCACACAAGAGAAAAACAUGCCAUGUUCCUGUAGUCCACCAUACCGCCGCCCUACCCCUUUUUCUGUCCCGCUUCCCUUGGACACCACAGCACGCACGCGCUGGCCUGCUGUCAUCUGAUGAACACACAGCAUACAUAGGCACAGAUCCAUAAAGCUGGCACUUUCCUAACCAUACAUGCUCAGGGUAACCUGUUGUUUUAAUGGGCAUAGGCCAGCAGUUCUUAAACUAUGGUUCACUGGCUGCCUACACCAUGCUCCUUAUUUCCUGCACCUCUUCUUUUUUUGGUAAUUUAUUUAUUUAGUACAGUUUCAGAAUGCUUGUCAGGGGCACCCAGAGUGUAGGCGGGGUGCUUUUUUAUUUAUUUAUUUUUUUUUAACUGCAGUGUAGCCAAAAUCUCAACACCUUAAUUGCCUUUCAAACAGCCGCACGGGCACUAAGUGCCACCGGUGCUCUGCCCAUGUGAACAGUUGCGCUAGUGGCCACAGUGAUGAUGUGCGAUCAGAGCAACGCCGCUUGUGCGGCGGGAUGGGUCAUAAGACAUUGGGUCGUGACCAACACUGGACCAGUAGGGGAAGGCCGACUGCUGUAGACUACUGCCAGGCAAGCAGGCUGGACUCUGACAGGAGACCUGUAUGAAACUGACAUUGCACACUGGAUGUUGUUUUCCUCCAAAAGCAACUACAGAUGUUAGCUUUAGGACCCUUCCCUGUCCUAGCUUAGGGGUUGCUAUUGCUAAGACACCUGAGUAUCAGCAUGUUAUCUGAGCACUGAGCAUCUGUGGAAAGCAGCAAGAGGGAGACGAGCUUAUCUUCCUCUUUUUGCCUGCCCACAAUUCUGAGCUGUAUAUAUUUAUUGUGUUAAUAUGAUUCUGGGUAGUUUCAGUGAUAUGUCAUUUGAAAUUUCUUGCAUUCCAUGAGUUUAGGAACUGAGGGUGAGUGAGGCCGUAAACGAGUGGCAAUCCACUUGGUCAUCGCAAUGUGUGCGUGUAUCACACACACACACACACGGAGGUUGGCCUCCUCACCAGCAGCUCUAAUUGCUUCCUCCUUUUCCUUUUAAGGCUGCUUGGAUCUUUAUACAGGUCAUCCUGACUGAGCUGUGAGUCUCAAAAAUGCAAGUGUCUCAAGGACUGACAGCUGAAAGUUUGAUUUAAAUAGAAAAAUUAAUGGACUCCAGGAAGUCUCAUCCUCUGCCCUUCCUUUGAGCAGGCAAGGGCAUUUUAAGAAAAAAAAGAAGGGGUGGAGGGGGCGUAUAGAAAUCAGGGAAGCAGGUCUUCCCAAACCUAUGCACUGAUGGAGCCCAACAUACCUUACAAAGGGUGAGUGAAACCCUGGCCCUGCUGAAUUCAGCGGGUGUCCUGCCAUUGACAUCACAGGGGCCCGGAUUUCACCUGGUGUGUCUGGCAGAAUGUUAAGCACUAAUAUUAAAGUAUAAUUUAUAGAACACCUGCCCCACUGUGGUACUUUCCCUAGGUUUUUUUUAUUGCUUAGGUAAAUUGGGCAUGUUUAUGUUUUAGCUUCCUUUUAUUAGCACAGGGCUCUGUGUGUCAUCCAAAUGGACUUUGGCCUAAGUUUUCAAAAGUGAUUUUGGGGGCCCCGCUGGGACACUUUUUAAAAGGGCCUGAUUGUCAGAACAUGUAGAACACCUGCUCUCUCAAAGUCAGGCCUUUUAAGGUGUCAAGCCAGCACCCACAAACUGAACCCCUCUGCCCCCCACAAAUCACUAGUAAAUGUAGGUGAUUGCAGGUCUGUGUACAACUCCCUGCUCCUGGAUGGAAUGUCACCUGUUUGAGUGGGUCCAAUCUGGGGCUGACCUAGAGGACCAGCACUUGAGCAGCUAGCGAGGCCUUUGGCUUUGCAGCUGAACUGUGACUUCCAAAUAGAGGCAAAUCCCUUUACAUGGGCUAGGGUGUAAUUCAGUUGGUGUGGCAGUCCAGCCCUCCCCCAGCCAGCCUGAGAGUGGAGAGGGGCUCUUCUCCUGACAUCUUGUACUGGAGUUCAGUUUUACACCACAAGCGGGUUGGUCUUUGCUGCUGUUGGCCUCACAGAAGUCGUUCCAGCAUGAGCAGAAAGGCUUUAGGAGUCUAAUCUGGCUCCAGUUGAAUUCAGUGGCCAAAGUAAACGAUUCCAGGGGGAGGUGAAUCAGCCUCAAGGGGCUGCUUGCCUAUAGCACGAGGAGGAGAUAGACAAGGGCAAGAGGAGGGAGACAUGAAAGCAGCAGGUCAAGGUGUGCAGGGUUGAAAACAGCCCCACACGCAACUGGCAAGAUGUGCCAAGCCCCUUCUCCCUCUUCUCUAUGGAGCAGCAGCAGGUCUGGUGCCUUCUAGCUCAGGUGUUGAAGGCUUUAAGUAGCAUUUGACUUUAGUAAUAUGCCUUUUUCUAAUGUCAUGUCUCAUGCAGCCAGAGGGUUUUUGCACUCUCUGUAGAGCAGGCAUUGCAUUCACUGGGAAAGGAUUGCACAGCCCGAGAACACUCAGUGGUUAACGAGACUGUAGCCUGACAGGGCGUAACUUGUCUCGCAGUGUUAGUGCGGUGUGUGGGAGGGAUGGAUGAGUCACAAGCCAGUCCUUCAGAAGCAGGCUAUAACUAGGUUCUAAAUGGUCCUUCCUCGUUAUCUGCUGUAACGAGGAAGGACCAUUUAGAACCUAGUUAUAGCCUGAUAAUGAUGCUCAUGAGAAAAAUCAAAGCACAGUGUAUCCAACAUGAUUGCGUUACCAAGAGCGUGUGUGGACACAAACUGGGUAGGGAGGCAGCCUCAGUACAAGCUGUACAGUAGAAGGGCCUCUCGCUAUUGCCCUGAAAUGCCAAGCUGAUCUGAGUUGGGUGCUACGGACUAUUUUGCCUUUUUAAUAAAACGACCCUUGUGAUUUGAUUUAAAAAUUGCCUAACUCGCAUCACAGGUACAGGGGGGAUUGAUUGUGUUCUCUCACACCUCAGUUGUGAUCAUGGGAGUUCCACACAAAGCAACACAUUAAAGCCCUUCAUUUUCCUUCUCUCCACAACUUGGACUGCAGAAGGAAGUAGGAAAUAAAAGGACACUAAUGACCAGCUGCUUCAUACUAAGCCAGAAAAUCAAAUUUCAUGGAUCAGCCUCUGCACUGCACCUUUGGGAGGCAAUCAGUGAGAGUGUGUUAAUUAAAUAUGGAUUUUUGUAGUGUACUUUUUGAUACUUGGUUAAUGACUGCUACUUCCCAUAUGAUGGAAUAAAUAGGCUGCUUCCCCAGAGGUUGUAAACUGGCAUAGCUCCUGACACAAAUCAUGCUUUCAGCAAAUCAGAAGACCCGGAAGUUCUGGUUCUUCGUUAACAGGCAUAAGGUGAAUAUUGUUUCUUAGUGAAGAAACAGGGCCUUGAUCCAAAGCUUAACAGGAGCCUUUCCAAAGGGGUUCAGUGGGCUUUGGCUCCAGCUGCUAAUGUUGAAGGGAUCACAAAAUCUGAAAGCUUCUUUCCGUCUUCAUUAAGAAAUGUUUCUUAGAACUGUAAUUGAGGCCAAUUGUAAUUCUCUUCUAACACCAGGUCAGUUUUUAUACAUUGUGCCAGUUUUUUGUGUGUAUUCUGAGUAGUGCAAACCUUUCAGCUACUGAUGUGAGCGAAGCUCUCUGUUCACAUUGCUCAUCUAUGCAUCAGCACGGGCAGGAAAAGUGCCCUUUUCCCCUCUUGUGUCUGUGUAAAUAAACUGACAUUCCACUGUC